GUCUAAUUUGAAUAGAUAGUUACAACAUACAAAUGUACGAACAACCCUGGAUAUGUAGAUAUAUAAAAAACUUCGCUACCAAAAUACCACUCAAACAUAUCAAAAUACUAACGUCUAGGUCAUCAGGACCAGGUGGACAAAGUGUAAAUAAGUCGGAAACUAAAGUACAAGCAAGAUUCAAUGUAGAACAGGCAUCUUGGAUGCAAUCUGAAACCAAAGAUAAAUUCAGACAACUGUUUAAACAAAGAAUUACGCAGGCAGGAGAUUUCAUUGUUGAAUCCGAUGGAAGACAGAAUUCGCAAGUCAAGAACAAAAUAAAAAAGCAUGCAUAAAUAAACUAAAUGAAGCAAUAACAAAAGCUGAGAAAUACGAACCUGAAGUACAACUCACUUUCCUAGAACAAAUAUAUAAAAAUAAAUCAGUACAACAAGUGAAUUGAACAAUACUAUAAGAAAAGAAGAGAAGAUAAAAGGAAAGAAAAGAGAAUAGGACAUAAAACAAUAACGGACUUUUAAUAUUAAGCCUAGAACUGGG